AUGGCCACAAGUGUUGAAGUUCCCAACCACAUCGAUGUUGAUCAUCAAGCCGGGUCAUACAAUGAAGCUAAUACGUUGAGCCCGAUGGCGCAGUUUGCCGAUGCUCCCAUGGCCUUAUGGCAGUCGGUGCCUAUCGCCCCGUCUCUCCCUUCUGCGGAGAACUUUGUUCCUCCUGAUUUUACCGACAAUUUCGUCCAGAAGUGUCUUCACCCGAGCAAGACUUUCCUGACAGCGGAAGGAUUCGAACCCGAGGAGAAUGAGUCCAAAGAUGAAGCACCGAAGGAAGAGAAGGUUGAGAGCGAGGAGAAAGUAACCAAGAUCCGCAUCCCCAAAGCCCCUCGGGAGCCCCAACCUGACUACUUUGGCCAUCUUUUUGGUCACCCGUUGAGUGCCGAUGAAGAUGAUGACGAGGCGGACGACGAGGAGAGUUCCGAGGCUGACAAGAGGCAACUCGUCACUAAGGACGGAAAUGUUGACGCUAAGGACGAUGAUGUCGCCGGAGACACUGGUGAUGUUGUAGCUAAGGCCAGCGAUGUUGAAGAGGUUCAUGAUGAGGUGCGCAAGGACGACUGUGAGAAGCCCAAGGAUGAAGAUGUUAUUGUGGCUAAGGUGGUCGAGGCCAAAGAGAAACCGUCAAUCGCAGCUAGUAGCCCUGUUGAGAGAGUUUCUUGGGCGGACAACUCCGCUAAGGUCGAAGAUGCCAAAAAAGAUGACGAGCCUGAGGAGUCUGAUGAUGGCGAUGAUGAUGUCGACUAUUUCGGCCACAUUAUGGGUCAUCCUAUGAACCGAGGGUCUGGCAGCCAUAAAACGAAGAAGCAACGCCCUCCAGCGCCGAAGGAGGACUCCCCCGCCAAGCCCUUCCCUAAGACCGAAGUUGAAUCCCAGGAAUCGCAGGGGUCCGUUCUCGGAUUGUUCUUGGGAGGCAUCGAGGUAUGUGAUAGAGAGGAGAACAUCGGCCAAUUCACUUCUCGUGGAGGGGAUCCUGUAGACACCGCUGACAUUGAGGCCGAGGUUGUCGAGGAGGAAGUGGCACCAGUGACUACGGAUGAGUUGAAGGAGCCUGAAGUGUCUGCAGCGGAGGGGAGCAGAACUCCUCCUGCUACUCCUGUGAACGCUCCUGGAACUCCCGCUGCUGACGAGGAUGAAAUUGAGGCUACCCCGGUGCCGGAGAUAGUCGACAUUCGGGCUGAGCCACCCGUGGAAAGCAAACAGAGUCCCGAGAAGAGGAAUAACGAGGCGAUCGGUUCAUCUAGCAGCGCGAAAGAGCCGACAAAGAAGAGUCGAUCAUUCCUCGGGAACUUGUGCGGCGGCAAGACCAUGGACUAA